CCAGUGAGCUGAUUUUGGUUAAUUGUGCAGGUGGUUCAUGCCAUUAAACAUCCUUCUUAUAGUUGUUAUUGGUUCAGCACUUGGGCGGGCCAUCAUCCAGAUUACGAAAACACCUUCCCAUUUGAGGGGCCUAAUUUUAGGCUGUUGUGCUGCUGGGAAUUUAGGGACCAUGCUUCUGAUUAUCGUCCCAGCAAUCUGUCAAGAGAAAGGCCGUCCAUUUGGAGCUCCUGACGUCUGCCGUACAUAUGGACUGGCAUACACUUCACUGUCUAUGGCAGUAUGUUCUUCUUUCAAGUUUCUUCAGGUGGCUCACAGCACAGUCAAAAAGAUUGGAGCCAUUUGUUUGUGGUCUUACGUCUACAACAUCAUACGAAUAUCGUUUAGUGAGAGCACUGCAGAAGUAGAGAAUGGCUUUGGCACAACAUCUCAGGGAUAUAUUGCAAAGUUAACUCCCAGAGAACUCCACACCUGAGGAAUUUGUCGGAAAUGUAAAGGUUACUUUUCU